AUGGGUAAGCCCGUCUUCGGCCUUUAUGUUAUCUGAGGGCAAAUUGUCCGAACCCUGUUGACCAAAUAACGGAUUAAAUGGCAUUUCUGGCCAAUUUACACGCAACAAUAGAAAUUUAUAUGCUCUCCCGACCAGGUCAUCUUUCUGUGGACUUCACAUCCUGUUGUCGGUCUUAAAGCCUAGUGGAGCAUUAAACUCUGAGAGUGGUUCGGUCUCUUACCUACCAGUCACAAACCCGAUAUAAAGACGAACUUGGCUCAUUGGUCGGAAACCCGAACUGAAUUCAUUUCACCGGCCCGCAUAAUUGAACUGAAACUUCUGCGCCUGAACAGCUUUGUAUUCUGUAGACUGCAAUCUUGGUGUUGUCGCAUUCAUGGGAUGCCGGACUCUUUAAGCCAUUCCGUACUUUUUACAUAGCAGUAUGAGUUCUCCAGUCGUAAGUGAGAGUACAACUAUUCGGUGGGUCAUGAAAGAAAUUUUUGAGCUGCACUCCGAACGGGAUUACAAGUGACUGACUCGCUGUUCAAAUGUCAGAAAUUGAAUCUAUGUGCGGCCUCACCGGUUUCCACCACAUUUUCCACAAAAACAAUAAACUAGAUUUUCUUGUCAAUUUUUGCCUUAUUCAUUUUGACCCAACAGUUAAAAACUUGGCGACCUCGGUGGGAUUUGAGCCCACGACAGCGAGGGAAAGGCUUGAGUACAGCCAACGCCCUAGCCACUUGAACUACGAGGCCCCACCAGGAGCCGUGAUUAUGUCUUGUUUUUUUCUGCUAUUAUCACGUGUGUUGUCUGUCUCUAUUUUGAUGUGAUAAUAAAUGGCCCUGAAAACACCCUACGCUGCAGAUGCGGCGCAUCAAAACAGGAGUCAGACGGAGUAACAACACACGUUUUUUGAGCUGUACUGUGUCAGCUCAAGACCGCAACUACUGCUGGACAGACUCCGACAGUCAGCAAGUGCGUGGGAGAGGAAGGAGCGAGUGUGGCUGUCAUUAGGGAAUCCAUCCUCGGGGCACACCAACGCACUUCACAGGAUAAUCAAUCGGGGAUGCUCAAAUCUGUUAGGACCGGUUAAAAGUCGGAGGGUUUCUAACCGACGGUCUAAGUCGGUUUUUAUCAGAACUGAGAGUCAGGCUGCAAUGGCUCUUUUAAACGUAACCUUUAUGACACUUUCACUCAUGAGAUCCCAACUGCCCUUAUUGUGGACUAUUACAUAUAGUGAGGGCCAAGUUGCUUGUCGCACGAGUGGACGGGCUGGUUGGCAUUGUCAUUUAUUGCGUCCUAGCCCACCUCCUGUCGUCUUGACAUAAUCUUGCCAGUCGGGCAAGGUGAAUGAGGGGAGUGAGAGAGGGAGUGCGGUAGGUGCCUCGCAAGUCUGCCUUUUCGUAAAUGAAUUCGCAUGGGAGUCACCGAUACAGCUCACACUCCGUAAUACACUCGGUAGGCGUCAUAACUUGCAACGGUCGAAGCGUCGGUACGCGGAGCGACAGUCACGGCAAAUUGGGUUACUAAAAUCGGUUUAACGCUUCUAACUGGCUGCACGAACUUCCUCCUUACCUAUCCACAUCGUAGCGAUGCCGUGAACCAGUUAACCAAAGUCAAGAACAUGGAUAGUAAACAGGCACUUGUCAAAGGGACUAAGAAGUACGCAUGUGUACGUGCGUGUGUGCCGACAGCGCUUGAUGCUUGUACUGGGCUCAUGAAUAAGAGACCUCUGGGACAUGCUUUGGUCUUUACAUGGAUGCUAUGUUCGGAAUUGAAAGAGACCAAACCAGUAUGUGCAUGUCGCCCUGAUUAACAAACCAAGCCUGUCCUUCGAUUGGGUUUGCGGCUGAUAGGGGAGAGAUGAGAUCUCUCUUGGCGUUGGGUGUUUUGUCAAGUUUGAAGAUUGACUACGCACUUGCCACCGCUGACUAACCCUAUACGAUACUGGGCAGCAGGCUUUCUCAGUUGAUUAACUAGGCACUACAGAGAAGGAUGAGACGAUAGCCUCUACCGUGGCUUGCGAGCUAGGGAGCAGAAAAAGAGCAGUUUAGUCCUUGCUUUUUGUCGAUACAGAGGCUCUACGGAGAAUAUGCUAAGUUUGUGUGACCCAUGAGAGGCCAUUACACAGUGCCUACUUAUGUCAGUGGUGGCAGCGCAGUCAGCCAUGCGAACUGGCAAUGUGUUCACAGAUCGACUUUGAGUAGGCUCUGCCCGUACCGUAUCUAUGUAUCCAGGAUCCUACCCCGCCCAUAGUAGAUCACACUUUAGAGCUGCUUAACAAUUUUCUGAUUCAAGGAGGUGCAAGCCGUUCUUUUCUUCUCAAUUUAUGAUACAGUGGCUAUCGGCCUACUCAGAUAACAUAAAGGCCGAAGACGGGCUUACCCAUCUAUCGAACCAUUGGUCACCCGGCACGUCCAUGGGCAGUGGGAAUGCUUAUCUAAAUAUUAUUAGAUGUACUUUGAGUGUCAUUUAAUGCUUGUACUAGUAACUGUCAAGGUUUUAUUACGUUUCAUUCAUGCAUCAUGCCAGUCGUUAUUGAAUAUUUUUCCGAAUAGCAGUGUAGCUCAGGAUACACUUUAAAUCUUUGUGUUCUGACCUUGGGGUGUGACCGGCCAACAAUGACAGAUAAGUCCACUUUUUAGCCCACAUCCAUUUUACAUCGACAGCUUUUCGCCAUGCGACCGCCUGUGAGGGCCCUAGAUCUGGGUUCCAAGGAAAAACUGUUUUGCCCUCUGUUUGUCGAAGCCCCCCUGCCUAAAUCCGUGAUCUUUUUGCAGGUCCAAUGACAGUGCCGAGCACCUACCUCCUAGACUUGCUUGCGGGCAGAAAGCAAUCAUCAUUUGUCCUCUUGGCGGACAGUGACACAUGCGAUGCAAAGUCCUGUCUUUGGCCAUGCCUGUACAAAGCCACCUGCGAUAUGUUCAAGUACCUAAUCGUUCGUUCCGAAGUCUUCGGAUUACAGUCUCCCGGCCUGCCGUCGACACUCGAACAAUCGGCCAAAGUGGUAAAUAGCAGCACCUUUGCGAACGCUAGCGCAUGUCUAGACGCCGUAGAGAUGGAAGUGUCCAGGCCGGCAGAUGAUGGGGGCAAGCGCUAUUGGGUAGUUGUUUUCGAUAACCUAGACAAUUUCCUCCUUGACGGUUACGACGGCGGAGGCGGCUGUCAAAUGCGCGAUUGGAUUUAUCAGCUGGCCGCCCGACUGGCCGUGAUUUCCACGACACGCCACGUCGCUUCUCUAAUAUGUGGCAUUAAGCUGUACUCUGAGAGCUUUGGCCUUACGGCGGGUAGCGAGUGUCUCCUCGAUGUCUUCAAGUCUGUGGCCACGACAUUUCUGGGCUUUCAAACAAUUACCAGGGAGAACGACCGAGUCUGCCUCCUUUCGGCAGACUUUUGGCAUCGGAGGACCAAAGACGCCGUUCUUAAGUCCGCCAAACAACCCACAGCCCUACCCACAAAUAAGCCUGCCCUCUCGGAUAGGUGUGAAAUUUGCUUGAACCUGGAGUCGCUGGCUGUGCUCCACUGUAGACCGACUGUGGACAGGGGUUUGGGCAAGGAAGAUGACCCAGGGCUGGAGUCGCAGCCUGUGUUGCCCUCAUCAACCUUCCGACUCUCCCUCACUCCCGCUGAAGCGGCUGACCGACAGAAGGUGGUUCUGCCAUUCAAGGCAAACGCCAACACUGGCCCAAGUAAUGAUGAAUGCAGGAUCGACUACGAACCCGAUGUGUAUGAUGAUUUUGACGAUGAAGACCCAGAUGAUGAUCUGGAUAUAUAG